AUGACAUCCAUAAAAACUAUUGAAAACAUAAUCAAUGUAUGCGAGUCAGAGAUUGAUCGACUUAACCUACCGGACUUGUUCACCCUCAAUACAUUUUCUUUCUCAGAUGCCACGUCAAAACAACAAAUAUCACCAUCACCCUACAUUGCUCAAUAUAGAUUACAAUUACUAAAAACAUCAUUAUUACAACAAUUAUCCUCGAUAGAUCAGUUCAAGAACAAUAAGCUGUAUCGAGAGGUCAAACUGAGGAUAGAAAAGCUACUAGUGGACGUGAUUGAUGAAAAAUUGUACGUUGUUGAUCAAUUGAUUGAAUGGUUUAAUAUUGAGAAUACCCCACGAAGUGAAUCCACUACAGAGAAUACUAACAAUGAAUCAAUUAACAACGCUGCUGCUUUAUCUACAGGGCCUGAAGAUGAGAACUUGACAGAACUACGUAACCGACUCUUAUCAAACUCCAAAUCGAAACUUGAUCUUGAAUCAACAUCAGUUAAUGACGUCGACAAGCUCAACACAUACCACGAAUCAAUCCAAGAUGAUAUUCUCAAUGAACUAUCACAACUUACAUCUACGUUAAAAACUAGUGCAAUGUCUCUCAGUUCCAAGAUCUUGGGUGAUGAUUUAUCAAUACUUGAUGAAACUCAUGAAAAUAUAAUCCGAAAUUCAAACUUGUUUAAAGUAAUUGAUCGAAAUUUGAAUAGUUAUUUGGAAAGUAAAACUGGUGGUAGAAUAAGUUUAUGGUUUUUGUUGAAAUGUCUUGUUGGUGUAAUUGGAGUGUUUUUAUUGAUGAUAAUCUUUGUCGCUGUUGUUCCGAGAAUAAGGUAA